GUCGUCCAAACGAUCGGAGCUAGAGUGGCAGAUUUAGUAACCCCUGAGGUCGUGGUGAUCGAAGACGCAGGAAUCGCGAGGCUCUUGUCAAGUGGUUAUGGCCGUACGAAAGUCAAUCAGAUCCAGAACAAGAAAAACAUCAUCAUUCAGAGAAGCAACUUCGGUCGUCGUAUUCAAAUAACCGGCAGUUCAGAAGCUAAACUCCGAGCUCGGACGCAGAUUGAGAAAUUAAUCGAAGACCUGCAGAAAACCACGCAUUUAGAAAUUGAUUUACGACAUUCAGAUCGACCCGUGGGUGCAAUCCGAGAGAUUUUGAAGCACUUCGGGAAAGACCUUAACAAACUAGUUGAAGGAGAAGACUGCCAAGCAUCCAUGGAGAUCAGACGUCGAAAAGUUGUACUACGUGGAGCUAAGGAAGCUGUUAGUCAAGUUCAAAAUAAAGUAGAAGAAUUUCUCAAAACUUUGCCUAAUUCACAAAGAGAAACAAACGUUGAUAAUGAAUGUCCUGUUUGUUUUGCCGACGUUGAAGAUCCGUAUGUUCUCACUUUAUGUGGCCAUGCAUAUUGCUCUGCUUGUAUUACGCAGUAUCUUAGCAAUGUUUUUGAUUCAGUAAAGAGCGCUGAUAUGUUUCCUCAGAAGUGUAUGUGUGAGGGAUGUGAAUCCCCUUCCAUCAAGGAAGAUUACGUAGCGCUUUUAAAAACAGAACAAAUUCAAAAGCUCUACCAAGUUUCGUUGGAAUGUUUUUUGAUUGGCAACACUAGCUACAAGCCUUGUCCGACACCUGAUUGUUCAUGGGUAUAUGAAGUCACUCCCAUUCCAGGUGUGUUUGCCUGCCCUGAAUGUGACAUUCGUUUUUGUAAGAAAUGUGGUGAUUCUACUCAUGAAAUGUUUGAGGCAUGUGAAGCUUUUAAAGCGAGUAAAGAUCCAUCGCAAUCAGACCGACUGUAUAACGAAUGGGCGGCAAGAGCAAAUACUAGGAAGUGUCCUCGAUGUUCAGUUCUGAUCGAAAAAAAUGCGGGAUGUGAACAUAUGCAAUGUACUCAAUGUAAAGCACACAUUUGUUGGAAAUGUGGGAGUCUCUUUGAAACUAGCGAAAAAUGCUAUAGACAUAUUCCAUUUUGUAAUUGA